CUUCUCCAAAAUGGCCAAGUACUCGGGCAAAAAAUGCCGGCUGCUCUCGAUGAUGUGGCUGACGGCGUUCUUCUUCUUCGUGGAAAUCAUUGUGGGCUAUGUGACCAAUUCGAUGGCUCUGGUGGCGGAUAGUUUCCACAUGCUGGGCGACAUUGCCGCUUUGGUCAUAUCUUUUCUGUCCGUGAAGAUGUCACCGAAAAAGUGGUCGAAGAACACUUUCGGCUGGGCCAGAGCAGAGGUUUUGGGCGCCCUGGUCAAUGCUGUUUUCCUGGUGGCCCUGUGCUUCAGCAUCACCAUCGAGGCCUGCAAGAGAUUUAUUGAGGAGGAACCGAUUCACCAGCCCGAACUUUUGGUUAUCGUGGGAGCUCUGGGACUUCUGGUAAAUGUGAUUGGACUGUGUCUUCUCUACGAGCACGGUGGUCACCAUGGCCACUCGCAUGGCGGUGGACUCACCCGGAACCACAGUCGCCUCACCGAGUUGGCCAAUAUGGACGAGGGCGAGGACGAGCAGAACGAGUAUGCCUACGAGAAGCAGAAGGAGAAGCCGCCGGUGAAGAAGUCCAGCCACGGGCACAGCCACGAUCCCGGCCAGAUGAACAUGCGCGGCGCCUUUCUGCACGUUCUCAGCGAUGCCCUAGGCAGCAUCAUUGUGGUGAUCAGUGCGGUGGUUGUGUGGAAGACGGAGUGGAAGUACCGGUACUACAUGGAUCCCGCCCUGUCUAUUCUCCUGGUGGUGCUCAUCCUGCACUCCGUGUGGCCGCUGCUGCGCGAGUCCGCCUUGAUCCUGCUGCAAACGGUGCCCACGCACAUCCAGGUGGACGCCAUUCAGAAGAGGCUGCUGGAGAAGGUUGAUGGCGUGCUGGCCGUGCACGAGUUUCAUGUCUGGCAGCUGGCCGGUGAUCGCAUCAUCGCCUCGGCACAUAUUAGGUGCCGCAAUCUCUCGGAGUACAUGAAGAUUGCCGAGAAGGUGAAGGAGUUCUUCCACAACGAGGGCAUCCACUCCACCACCAUCCAGCCGGAGUUCAGCGAGAUCGAGGGCUGCAACAUGUCCGACGGCACAUCCAGCAUCAACAUGAGCGGCUCCGACUGCUGCGCCCUGGACUGUCCCACCACGGAUGAGGGAUGUGUCAAGGCCACCUGCUGCCAGAACAACAACAAGAACCAACUGCCCUCACCCACCAACUCGCCGUAUUUGUGCCGCCAGCGAAAUGCCGCCCGACAGGCCGGCGAUGUGGAGGCUGGUUCCCUGCUGGAGGCCGCGGGAGGUGCCCCUGGCGGUGCCACCGCAGGAACGCCUGCGGUUGCGAUAGGCGGGGCGACGUCAACGCCGAAGAGCGAUUUGGUCUGACGACAGCCACAGCAGGCGCAACAACAUGUACACUUUGCCACGACCAAAACGGAAACCACAACCGCCACAACAGCAGCAGCAGCAACAUCAAUACGUGAUAUAAUGUACGAGCCGAGCGCCAACAACCAAGUGGCUUCCAGCGCACAGGCGGACGCAGGUGGUGGCAAUCUCGGCCUGUCGUUGACCGCCCAGCGGCGACGGGAGCUUCAGCUGCAGGCCGAACAGCAGCAGUAUCAGGAGCAGGUGUCACCACUGAGCACCAGGAAUGGCGACGAGGUGGCCCUCUAAAUUUAAUAGGAGCCUAGUUUAACGUUAAUUGUGCAGGCCGCUGCAAUGGAGACUGGUCUGCCAUGGUGCAGCGUUCGUGUUUUUAGUGUUUGUAUCAUUAUUUGUUCUUAGUGGAAUUUAGGCAUAAAUAACUGAGCUAGUUUAAUUAAAGUAAAAUCAAAACAGAAAG